AUCGCAAGCAGGAAGGCAGAGAGCUGCAUGUGUACUAUUGCGGGUACUGCUUGAUAGACAACCGGAUUGCACACAGCAAAGGGGACCGCAGGAAGCAACGGAUAAGCAAUAGGGCUGAUUAUCAAACUUUUAGAGGAGGCUACCAGGACUCCUAUUGCAUCUGAUAAGUGCUCUGAUCAAGAUGAAGCCGAGGGCAGUCAAUACACAGGCUUUGGUGGCACCCAUUGCCACGCCUACCAUGACGCCUAUUGACACUGGAGAUAACUCUACAGAGGCCGGAGGACCUGGAGAAGGGAAAAAUAAUGUCGUUGAGAAGCUGAAAGAGAAAUUUAUGAAUGAACUGAAUAAAAUUCCUUUGCCACCUUGGGCUUUGAUCGCCAUAGCUAUUGUCAGUGGCCUGCUGCUCCUCACCUGUUGCCUCUGCAUCUGCAAGAAAUGCUGCUGUAAAAAGAAGAAAAACAAGAAGGAGAAGGGCAAGGGUAAAAAGAAUGACAUCAACAUGAAAGAUGUUAAAAACUCAGGUGGAAAUCAGACCAAACAGGAUGAUGAUGACGCAGAAACUGGUUUAACUGAAGGUGAAGACAAGGACGGGGAACCAAAAGAGGAAGAAAAACUAGGAAAACUGCAAUUUUCACUGGACUAUGACUUCCAGAAUAAUCAGCUAACAGUGGGAAUUCUUCAGGCAGCUGAACUACCUGCACUGGACAUGGGUGGCACAUCUGACCCUUAUGUUAAAGUUUUCCUGCUUCCAGACAAGAAGAAGAAAUAUGAGACGAAGGUUCAGAAAAAGACUUUGAACCCGUCCUUCAAUGAAUACUUUACAUUCAAGGUUCCUUAUCAAGAGCUGGGAGGGAAGACCCUGGUGAUGGCGGUUUAUGACUUUGAUCGAUUUUCCAAACAUGACUGCAUUGGCCAAGUAUUGGUACUAAUGACCAAAGUGGAUCUUGGUCAACAACUUGAAGAAUGGCGAGAUCUUGAGAGUGCUGAGAAAGAAGAGCCAGAGAAACUGGGAGAUAUUUGCACCUCUUUGCGUUAUGUUCCAACUGCUGGGAAACUCACUGUCUGCAUCCUAGAAGCAAAGAACCUGAAGAAAAUGGAUGUGGGUGGGCUCUCAGAUCCUUACGUAAAGAUACAUCUGCUGCAGAAUGGAAAACGGCUCAAGAAGAAGAAAACCACAGUUAAGAAAAACACGCUGAACCCUUACUACAAUGAAUCGUUCAGCUUUGAAAUUCCAUUCGAACAAAUACAGAAAGUCCAGGUUUGCGUCACAGUCUUGGACUACGACAAGAUUGGCAAAAACGAUGCCAUCGGCAAGAUUUUUGUCGGCAGCAACGCCACCGGCACAGAGCUUCGACACUGGUCAGACAUGCUGGCAAAUCCCAGGCGGCCUAUUGCACAGUGGCACUCUCUAAAACCAGAGGAAGAGGUCGAUCUAGCUCUUGGCCUCAAAAAGUGAAAUCAUUCCCACCGUCCCACAAACUCCUCAUUGAUCAGAUGCUAUCAAUACCUCAGUUAUGCGCCAUUCUCCAUUAACCCUUUGGGGGUUACUGUAGCAUCUUUGCACCAUGACAAAUAUAUAUGCAAAUUUAACGUGUUUUGUAUUUUUUUUCAUUUUUACGAUUGCUGUUACGAAAAGAGUUAUAAAAUUUGUGUUUUGUACUUUAGAACCGUGAUAUUCAAACCUUAUAAUUUUACACAAUCUUGUAAGUUAAUUAUUGAUGGAAUAUCUAUGCUUUGAAAGGUGCAAGAAAAUCCAGUACUCAAAGGGUUAAGACAUAAUUAGUUUUGGUACACAUUAACCACCAUAGUUCUGAACUAAUAAAUAAGCCAUCUGAGCCUCCAAGUUGUAUUCCAAAUUUCCCUAAAUGCUCACUUCUACUUUCUGCGGUUUUAGCUCUAUUAUGAAAUUCGUGUUGAUAAUGCAUGAUGAUAAUUUACUGUAAAUAGCAGCAUGUUCAAUGCAAACUCUUGUGUAGGUGUAAGUUGUCUAUGGUUUACAAUCACAUGCAUCUGCUGUAUAUUUUUAUGAUGAUGCUUCUAUUUUACAUAAUGUGAAUGGACUAGAACAAGCUAAAGUGAAAAGCCAUUCAUUUGAUUCACACCUGGAGACUGGUAGAGCAAUGACAUCACAUUAUGAUACUAAAGUGAAGCCUUGAUGGCCUACCUAAUGGUGAAAGCUGCCAUUCUAUACAGUUGUUAAGAUGCAACUCACUUCGCUAAGUGAUGCUGCAAAUGCCUUUUUUUAAAGUCAUGGCUGGCUGAAAGUUUGUGGUUUAAAAAUGAGAUGUGUUUAGGUAGAAGGAUAUAAACCCUUACAUCCGAAGUUCCUAGAAAAUAUUGUAACAAUCCUUUAAGACCCUAUACUGCACUUUUAGAAAUAUCUGUCUGGUUGCAUAAAUUCUGAACCAAGAUAACAAACCAUUGUGCUAUGGGUGCCUAGUAAUCUUUUAGAGACUGGAAAUCUCAUAUCCUUUAUAGGCUUCCACCUUGUGUUAAUGGCUGUCCAAAUAAGCUUAGUUUUCAUGGUGGAGAUAUUUCUCAAACUGCUAAUCCCUUACAGGCACCUAUAACACAGUCCACAUCUGUUCAAUUCAAAUAGAAGUUCACUCACCCUGAUCAGGAGUGCAUUGACCAUGACUUUACCGCAAUUAUAUGCAGUUGAAUGAUAUUUGUUUUAAAGCAAAACAGAAUUUGUCUACCUUGUUUUAUUUCUACGGAAUCCAGAGAACUAUUCUGAAAACCAAUUUCACUGCAAUUGGAGCCUCGUACUUUGACAUUACAAAAAGAUUUUAUAUUUAUGGGUUCAAGUCAGAUUGAGAUGAGUUUGGUGGGGCAACAUGGAAUUUGGAGGAGGAUAUUCCACAAAAUAUGUGAAUCGGAGGUGGAAGACUGGUGAUAAUAUGCAGUUUAACGUAAAAUUAUUUGCAUAAUUUUAACAAUGAAAUCUCAUAACUAUUUAUUGUUCACACUUAAGAUGAAAAGAAUAGAGUAAGAGGAUGCCACCCCCGACACUACCACCACAUUUCCUCCCCCCACUCCUGCCUCUAUUUUCCUGAUAAGUGAUAUUGCACUUUGCCAGUCUGCUGCUGCUAAUCACUGUGCGUGUGUGUACACACUUAGGACAGGGACAAUUGCUGAAUGCAAUGUAAUGCUAACAUCAACUCAAGAAAGAAGAAAUGCAUUGAUGUCUUUAAGAUUACAAAAUGACUGAAGAAGUUAUCGUGCAUUGCAAUUUUGAUGGUCAAAAUUGAUGGUCUGUUUGUACAGUAACAAAUCUUACUAAUGAAACUGCCUAGGACUGAAUUUUUGAUGGAUUAUUAUAAUAUUACCUAUCGCUUUAAAAAGAUUGCAAUCAUUAAGUUUUACUGUACAGAGACACAUUAAUAUUAAUGUGCUUAAGCUUUUUUUUGCUAUUAGUCAUGUUAGCUGGCUGCCUGAUAUUGAAGUUGAUGUUGAGCAAGAUGUACUUCAUCCUAUUUUUUACAAAAUGAGAUAAGUAAAUGUAUGUGACACCCCUCACUGUGAUACUCUUGUUACGGAAGGAACAAUAUCUGUUACAGUAUGAGUGGUGAUGCUGUCCUCUGGCAAUGAAUACAAUUCACAAUCCCUCUCCCGCAUGCUUCUCCCCCACACCCCCCAACUAUGCCACUCCAAUGUGCACUUGAAUUCUCAUUU